AUGGGACGCUUAACUAGAGUUUUGCUACAACAUGGGAGGCAUAGUCUUUCCAAAACAGCUUUUCAGGCAUCUCUUUCUCCUUGUUCUGUGAACAUUCAAGUGCCCAACAGACAGUUUGCUGCUGCUACAAAGCCUGUCAGAAAACAACAAAAAGGCCCUAAAGAGAAAACUGUAGAAGAACUAAAAGAUGAGAUAGAAAAAAUAAAGUCUUAUCGCUACAUGGAAGGUCAACCUGAAGAUGAUGUCUAUUUAAAACGCUUAUACCCAAGACAAAUAUAUGAAGUGGACAAAGCUGUUCAUCUACUUAAGAAAUUUCAAGUACUGGACUUCACUUAUCCAAAGCAAGGCGUUUAUCUUGAUUUGACACUUGAUAUGUCUUUACAGAAGAAGAAAAGAGUGGAGCCAUUUGCCAGUGUUCUUAGCCUUCCAUACCCAUUCAGUUCAGAAGUCAGUAAAGUUGCUGUUUUCACAGGGAAUGCAUCACAGACUAAAAUAGCAGAAGAAAAUGGAGCUGUUUUUGCUGGAGGAACUGAUCUGAUUCAAAAGGUUUUGACUGAUGAAAUUCAUGCAGACUUUUAUAUAGCUGUUCCAGAAAUAAUGCCUGAGCUUAAUCCACUAAAGAAGAAACUAAAUAAAAGAUUUCCGAAGUUUACUCGAAGUGUUUAA